AUGAUGAGUUUGACCCCCGCCAGGGGAUGUCUCCUGGACCUGCCCUGGGAAGACAUCUUGGUUCCACAUAUCCUCUGUCAUCUGCCACUGCAGCAACUCCUGAGCCUGCAGAGGGUCAGCAAGUCAUUCCAGUCUCUCAUCCAGCUGUACCUGGCCAACAUGCGCUGCUUCGACUCAAGCCAGAUUGGACCUGCCAUCCCACGAGCUGCCUUUGUUAACCUGCUGAAGGACAAUGAAGUACUGCAGCAGCUGGCACUCCAAAACUGCUCUGACUGGCUGACGGACAGGGAGCUGCUCCCAGUCAUCAGGCAGAAUUACCACCUGCACCAGAUCCAGCUGAAGGGCUGUGCCCAGCUCAGUCGCGAUGCACUGGUGGCCAUCUCGCUGAGCUGCCCCAACCUGCGCCGGCUCUCCCUGGCUCACUGUGAGUGGGUGGACAGCCUGUCCCUGCGCAGCCUGGCUGACCACUGCAAGACACUGGAGGCUGUGGACCUGACAGCCUGUCGCCAGCUGAAGGACGAGGCCAUCUGCUACCUAGUGCAAAAGUGCAGCAGGCUCAAGUCUCUGUCACUGGCUGUCAAUGCCAAUGUGGGUGAUGUGGCUGUUGAGGAGAUUGCCAGGUGCUGCCCCGAGCUGGAGCACCUGGACCUCACGGGGUGUCUGCGAGUCAAGAAUGAUUCCAUCAGGGUUUUGGCUGAGUACUGUCCCAAGCUGCGCUCGCUGAAGGUGAAGCAUUGCCACAAUGUGGCUGAGUCCAGCCUGAGCAUCCUCCGAAACCGUGGGGUGGAGCUGGAUGUGGAGCCUCCACUGCAGAGGGCUCUAGUUCUCCUGCAGGACGUUGUUGGCUUUGCCCCUUUCAUCAACCUCCAGAUCUAGAACUGCUGUUGCUAGGGAGGG